AUGGAUGCCUCCAAUCUGAUUAAACCUGCAUUAUCAGGAGGAUGGUUAAAGUGUAUUGGUGCUACGACGCAUAACGAAUACCGAGGUAUUUUCGAAAAAGAUACCGCUUUGUCGCGUCGCUUUCAAAAGCUCGAUGUCAAUGAACCGACCAUCAGCGAAACCGUACAAAUUCUCAAGGGCUUAAAAUCUAAAUUUGAAGAACACCAUGAAAUCAAAUACCAAGAUGCAGCUCUUGCCUUGGCAGCAGAAUUAUCGGCCAAAUACAUCAAUGAUCGUCAGUUGCCCGAUAAAGCGAUUGAUGUCAUUGAUGAGGCCGGUGCUGCACAACGGAUUUUGCCCAAAUCGAAACGCAAAAAAACGAUUGGAAAAGCUGAAAUUGAAGAUAUUGUGGCCAAAAUUGCUCGCAUUCCACCACAAUCAGUCUCUCAUGAUGACCGAAGCAAAUUAGCCACUUUAUCUCGGGAUCUCAAAAAUACCGUCUUUGGUCAAGACCCUGCGAUCGAUGCUUUAGCCGCAGCGAUUAAAAUGACGCGAGCAGGUCUUGGUAAAGUGGAUAAACCUAUUGGCAGUUUUUUAUUUACAGGACCAACUGGGGUUGGUAAGACCGAAGUGGCCAAGCAGUUAGCGUUCACUCUCGGUAUAGACCUUGUACGAUUUGACAUGUCAGAAUACAUGGAACGCCAUACCGUGAGUCGUUUAAUUGGUGCGCCUCCAGGUUACGUUGGCUUUGAUCAAGGUGGCUUAUUGACCGAAGCCAUCCAUAAAAAACCCCAUGCGGUUUUAUUGUUAGAUGAAAUCGAAAAAGCUCAUCCUGAUGUUUAUAAUGUCCUUUUGCAAGUCAUGGACAAUGGCACACUCACCGACACCAAUGGUCGCAAGAUUGAUUUUCGCAAUGUAAUCAUCAUCAUGACAACCAAUGCUGGGGCACAAACCAUGCAAAAGGCCAUGAUAGGUUUUACCAAUAAGCGCGAAUCAGGUGAUGAGAUGGAAGACAUCAAAAAGCUCUUUACGCCUGAGUUUCGUAAUCGUUUGGAUGCGACCAUUCACUUUAAAGCCUUAGAUGAAGCGAUCAUCCUUAAAGUCGUUGAUAAAUUUUUAAUGCAGCUUGAACAGCAGUUGCAUCAACAAAAUGUCGAGGCUAGCUUUUCUGAAAAUCUCAGAAGUUACCUUGCUAAGAAGGGCUUUGACCCACUUAUGGGCGCACGUCCAAUGCAGCGUUUGAUUCAAGACAUGAUACGCAAAGCGUUAGCGGAUGAAUUGUUGUUUGGACAGCUGGUGAAUGGCGGAGAAGUUGAUGUCGAUCUCAACGACAAAGAAGAAGUGACCUUAAACAUCAUCAGCCACGAAAGCAGUCCUAAAAAAGACAAAAAAUCCAAUAAACAAAGCCCAGCGGAAGUAAACUAA